GACUUCCCCGGCCAGCCGUACUCGGUGUCCGUCCUGAAAGCCGGGUACUGUGUCCCUCAGAGCGACGGGACAUUCAGAGCCGACGGGACCAUCACCCUCAUCACAGGACCCAGGACUGUCCUGGUGGACACCGGAGGGCCGUGGGACCGGGACUUUCUCCUAAGGACGCUGAAAGAGAGAGGUCUUGAACCGGGGGACGUUAACGUGGUCGUGGGGACUCACGGACAUUCAGACCACGUGGGGAACCUGAGUGUUUUUCCAGCUGCGGAGAUGAUCGUGGGAUAUGACGUCAGUGACGGGGACACAUACCGUCCCAACAAGCUUUCAGAGGGACAGUCCUACUCUAUUGAUGAGCAUGUGAGAGACACUGACAGGAGUUUAACACGGAAACUGUGGACCAGUUCAAGUUAUUUUGUCCCCUCAGAAGGUCUUAAAACAGGCUUAAACUAAAAGUCACUGACUAAAUUGCCGCAUUUUGUGCGCAACUUAAAAAACACAAACAUAAAAACAUGCAACAAAAGACGAUAAAACAACAAAAUCAGUGGUCCUAUUAUAUACUUUUUUUAACCAGUCAUUACAGUAUUUAAUUUAGUUUCACAGAGUUAAUCUAGUUUGGUGUUUUGAAAAAGAGAGAAAAACGUGUCAAACCAGUGAAAAACACAUUUGCAGGAGAAGACUUCUGCUGUGCCAAUAAGGUGAUGAAGAACAAGUGGAUCCCACAUGUAAAACAUUAUGGAAAUAUAUAUAAUAUUGCAAUGAUGAAAUUUCAGUGUUCAUUGUUAUCAAAUACUUGUAACAAUGAUAUGUAAUGGAAACAGGGUAUUUUAUAGUUCAUCAACAAACUUUAUUGAAAAUGACAUCAUUGCUCUUAAACAGUGGGAAAUCGAUAAUUCAAAAUUACUCAAAGCAUCUUUUUCUGCUUUGUGUUUUGUUAAGAUAAGCUUUUCAUAUUAAGCGUAUUGGACAAGGUCCAUGUAUCAUUCGGUCAUUCACUUAUUUAAUUCUAUUUGGCGAACUAAAAAAAAUAAUAAAAUGA